AUUGAACAAAUUUAAAAAAACAGAAUAGAUGCUAGAGUCAAAAUAUACGACGAUUGUCUAUUAUUUGAAAAAUGAAAAAAAUCCUAAGAACACAAAAUAUGUGUUGAGAAGCAAAAAUCAAAAUUUUUUCCUGUGCGCAGCCAAUACCACGUGGCAACUCUUCUGACAUACUUCAGCCACAAAAACCUAACACACUAACCAAAACAAAAAAAUCAAAUUUGAAUACUAACAAUAUGAAUGCAUAUCAAAGCGAUCCCCUGUUGCAAGUGGCCAAAUGCGAGAUGUGCCCUCAGAAGGUGACCAAUUUUGUGGUCGGGCUGUGCGAGCGUUGUGUCGCGAUUUGGACCAGCAAGCGUAGCAUGGAGACAAUGCACAUAACCAUUGACCACGUGAAGGCGGCCAUUGUUAGCAUGAGCCAAAAUAAAACCAACCAUCAGAAUAUGAAUGCUGUAUUCCGGCGUGUUAUCGAGGAGGAGCAACGACGCCGCAAGCUCAAAGUCGAUCUCUUUCAAAAGUUGCGCGAGAAGUUUCAAGAUGGCGUACUCCUACAAGAACUAGAGGAAUGUUGUGAAAGUAUUAAAGUUGACGUGGAGGAACCCUUUUACGAUAUGCCGUCGCCAGACGUGGACGUGGAACAAAUAGAAGAUUUAAGGUUUCGCAAAGCUUUACUUAAUUAGCAUGCACAAGCAAUCGUACAUAUUAAAACAAUUGUUUAAUUUUUUGAAACUCUGCAAUUAUAUUUAAUUGCAUAGAUAUGUAUUUACCAGCCAGUAAGCAUAUUAUAUGCUCAUUACAAACCCAUUAUGCCUAGCCACUUAAAUUGAAUCCUUUUGUUGUGCGCUGAACCUAUAAUUAAUAGUCUUUUAUUUAUUUUUUUUUUGUGCCCAUAAAUUGCCUUGCAAUGGCCGAAGCAUCAGAGGAUGAUGACCAAUCGAAAAUCAAUUGAAGCAAAGUGAUUGUUUUCCCUUCAACCACAGCCUGUAGACGUCAUUGGGGACUCGUGCAUAUUUCGGUAAUGAAAAUGUUUAUUCAAAUUUGCGUCAAUGGCUAUGUUUAUCAGAAACAAAUAUCAAUCUACAUAAAUAAGUGCUAGCGACUACAUGUUUGAAUAUGUCUCAGUAUAUAGUUUGCA